UUAUUUACUUUUAAGGCUAAAGAAGAUGAAAUCUCCCUGGAUGAUAUCAAAAAAGUUGGCGACGGUAGGUAAAUAACAAGAUUAUCCUGGUAUAAUUUAUCACAUGAUAAAUGUUAGGUUACAUAUUAUUAAUGUAGAUUAAUAAUGCAGAACUUUAUACCUUAUCUCUAAUUUGUAGUGUUAAGGAACUUAAAUGAUGGAUGGAGUGGUCCAUUUCCUAUCAGAGUAGAAAACAAGAUUUGCUUCAAAUACGAUAUUGUUUUCUUUAUCUUGUAUUAUUAAAAAAAAUGGAAUAUGCAUUAAUUUUGUGUUUUUCAGUGUGACACUAGCCUCCCUGCAGACGUCCUUUGGGGUUUGUUCGUCACACGUUCAUUUCUCCCCAACGAUGUCUGCUCAAGACAGCCAACAUUUACGUUCUUGUUUGUUUGAAUAAGCCAACAAGCGGUUAGGUAUUGUUUCACGAUCAGCCAAUAAUGAGCUGUGAUACAAUUGAAACGGCACCUACAAAUUAUUUCUCACUUUUUCAGAGGAAUAUUUGUUCCAUGCCUAUGCAUUGAUGAGACUCCAAAGAAAGUUGUAAGAACUGAUUUUUUUUGUUUUCUUUGCAGCUGUAAUUUAGGAAAGGACCAAGUUUGUGUGUUUAGAAAAAGCACAGUCAACAUCGCAAGCCUCAUCAAACAUGCUCUGGGCGUUGAUGUGUCUUUGUAUUCUUUAAGUGAAUUAUUUAUUUGCACAGCUAUCUUCUACCUGAGACAACUCAAAUGUUUUGAAAAAAUCACAGAAAUGAUGCAAUAAAGUUGUAGUCAGCUGUACAUUUUUUUCGGAAGUUGUUGUAAGUAUAAAAUAAUCUGCUUUUCUUUGAAAGACUACAGAAAACAGUGUCUCACACGAGCGUGGAGCAGUUUUCAGUGCGGUUGAAAACAGUUACAGUGACUAUAAACUCUGUAUAUAUUCGAAGUAUUAAGAAAAGAGAACUUGGAAAUGUGUAUAGGGAAGAUUUUCAAAGCAUUCUUUGAAAACAGAGGCUGUUUCCUUUUUUGCGAAAUGUAAUUCCACCAAGGUCAUGGCUCACAAACCAAGCACCAAUACACUAAAUUUGGUUAUAUUUUUUCAAGAGUCGGUAAAACAAAAAAUUCGAAGUCUACAGCAAUGUGCUUCCAACGGCAGAAAAGGUUAUCUGAAAACUUGUUCUGAAAAAAGGCACGUCUUCCCGUUGCAUUUCAUUUAUUCACAAGCUAAGUAAACAUGACCCCGGUGCCGCCAAAGUCCAAACUUCAAGCUAGAACGACAAAUUAACCUACCUGUCAACAAACUUUAAUUUGGCUCCUGCAAUGAAAGAAAGAAUGCUUAUAAUCAAUAAAUCAUUGGACCUUUCAUUUUCCACCAUAUCUUAUUUCUCAACGAAAUAUUUAAUCAUGCUGCAGCAUGGAAAAGUCGCAGACCAAGGCCAACAUACUAACUGUGCAAGUCACUCGCUAACAUUUCCUGCACCGAUCAAUCUUCAACCAAGCUUCUGGGCUUCCGCAAACAACAAAGAAAGCCCCUCUCUCGACAACCCUCAUAUUCUCUUCACUAAUAUCACUGAACGUUACAGCAGGAAUACCAAUAUUUGCCACCUUUGUAGCUUGAUCUUUCAUAAGAUUUACCAGGGGCGAAACAACAACAGCAAUAUGUCCAGUAGUUCUACGCACUGUGUCGCAAAAAAGCGGCAAAGCUUGAUACAUAAGGGAUUUGCCAAAUCCCAUCGGCAAAUUUAUGAGCUCAUCGGUCUUCUCUAUAAAAUUUGCAGGAUAGCUUCUCUCUGAUACUUGUUUAACUCUGUAUUUAUUACAAAUUUCUCCCACACCCGAUCAAAAGCCUCACUGGUCGUGUGAAUCUGAACAAGCGGCUCGUGUUACAUUUUACAAAAAUCCUUAAACAGCCUGUGAUUGGUGAACAUAAAUGUCGGCUGUGUUUAGCAGAUAUGCGUGAGGAAGAAAUGAAUGCGUGACAAACAAACCCCAAAGGACGUCUGCAGGGAGGCUAGUGUGACGCUGAUAUUCAUUUCCUUCAUCCUAUUUUGAUUUAUCUCACCUACACUGUACAUGUUCAAUAUGGCUCAGUGCAAGCCACACUGAUAAUUCACUCCAUUAUAUAAAUACACGUCAAAAUAACAUGUUAUCUUCACAAUGAAAAGAGCACUGUUGCUAUGGCUACAUAAUGAAUUGCACCUUGUGCAGCAAGAAAAAAUAUAUGAAAGUGAAAUGGUUUUGUAUUUCAUUGGUGUUUCUAUAAUCAAUAGAACAUUACAUGACCACUUGGAGAUACAAAAUUUUUCUUCUUGUGUUAAAAAAGAUUUUACUGGUUUGCUGCUCUCACCCGUGAAAUAGUUUUUAACACUUGAAGAGAAAUUUUGUAUCUCCAGGCGGCCAUGUAACAUCAUCAAUACCUUGAAUGAGUUUUGGAAAUCUUAUGCAUAAAUUGACAAAAAUAACAAUGAAAAUUAUGAACUCCAGCUUGAAUUUCUUCAAGCAUUUUUUAUCAUUCUAGAGGUAUAUCUCACACUCCAGACAGUGUUUCAUCAGAUAUCCCUGACAACUUGAACUCUUUUGGCUGUGCAUCUUUUUUUCUCCUGGUGUCUGAGUACCAAAUUUAACACUUUGCAUGAUCUUUAUUACUAACUUGUGAUUAUUAAAUUCAUUGAACAUUAGCCUGAGUAUCAGGCGUUUCUGGAGGAAAUAGGGAAGAGAAAAGAGUGAAGGGGAGACAGCGACUAUCCUCUCUGUCUUCCCUCCUCCCACCUCCUCCCCCACCCUAAUUGAAUGCUGAUUCUCUACUGGAAUAUUUGCCAUGUCAGUAAAUCAUACCAUGAUGUAAUAUAUUAUCUCCAUUUUAAUUUGUAUUAACAGUAGACCUGGUAUAGCAGGAUAUGGAGAGGAAAAUGGAAGUGAAUUUGUCGCCUCGGCAGGUUAGUACAUGAGUUCGUAGUGAAAAGAAGUAAGCUUACUUUAUACUUACACUGAAACUAUUUAUGGUUGUAUUUAUCCACAAAUGGAUGAACAGGAAAAUAUGGCUACCUUUUUUUUUCAAGUUUAGCCAUUGUACCCCGAGAGAAAAACUGGCUUUUAGUUGGUUUCCAAAACUGGCCAGAAUGCGUUGACUUUAAGUUACUCUUGCCUUUACAAAGCAGUUCGUCUAAGACUAAUUCUUCAAAAUUCCAAACAAGAGGGGAGGUCGAUAACGCAUGGGUCGUCCACGCAUGUAUAAUCAAGAAGAGGUAAUUUUGGCACUUGCUUGACAUACAAAACCCUAGUUCUCCCAGUGAGAAAUAUCGUCGAGAGUUACAUUUUUUAUCUUGCCAUCCAAUAUUUAUAUUUCCUUUCACUGAUUAAACUUUUGCAUCAAGAAACUGAAUUUUUGGCCGUCGUUGCUUUGCAGCCGAGGGAGGGUCGUUGUUGCCAAGGAUACCAUAUGAAGAGGGAUUUCAUCGUUUUGUUGUGCGAAUUGACCGGAUCGGUCUAAAAGAUGCGCAUGUUUACCUAAAUCCUUUCAUCACUGUCUCUGUUAAAGGUACUGAUAAAACAUUUCGCUCUUUAGAUAACUGACAUUUACAAUCAUGCAUAGAAAGCGCGAACAUUGCGAUAUUGUGAAGUGUGCGUUAUACUGCGUUUUUCGUUAUAGUACUUGCGAAACGGACGUUACUUGCGUGCAAGAUUCAACUCAGUUCCUCUACUAGAAAAGUGGCGGGCUUGCAUUCUAUAGAGCGUGAAAUUUUGUCAGCCAGAAAAACGUUUUCGUCUUUGUCACCGGCCAGUAUGAUAUCUUCUGAGCAAGAAUGGAGUGAACCUAAAUCAUUAAUUCCGUUCACCUGUGAAGGGAAAGCGCCCGUGAAGGAAGCAAGUUGAAAUAACCAGAUCAUUUCUUUUCUCCGCCAACUAUUUUUUCCUUAAUUAUCCCGUCCCUGAAAAGAGGCGCUUAAUUGAAAUAUUCACCUUCACUAGACUGUGUCAGAGAGAGACUGAGGCUGAGACUGAGACUGCGUGAGUAGUCUUUCUUUUUCUUCAGAUUUCGUGACGGUUCACCGCGAGGCACCAGAAACGAGGGCGUCUCGUCUCGUCUUAGAAAUAAGAGAGACUACUUAACUUGUUACAUGUUUUUUUCAUUCCUGCAGACGCUAACAGUGUUAAUGUGACCCCGCCCCAAGAUACACCCAUGUCAAACAGAAAAGAUGGAAAAUACAUCAACUUUGGUAUUGAUGUGGAGAUUCAAAAACCAAUAGAAAAGCUUCCAAGAAUUAAAAACGAUAAUAAGCUGUGACGGAAAUAGGGGGCGGGGGUAGUCUGGGAAGCCGCUACCCCACCACCCCUAGGCCAUUUUUUGAAUCUCAUGCUUUGAAUUACGGAUAACCAAAACGUAGCCAAAAAAAUGGCUUUUUUGGCACUUUUUGUCAGGUUCCAAAGAAAACAAAUAUUUUAUUUAGUUACUUUGUCCCCAGGGAGGGAUCUAAAUAUUUUCGUCGUGGGGAAACAUUUGGGUUACAGGAAAGCAAACAUUACCAGCUUUCAAAAAUUCCAAUCAUUAAGUAGCUGAUGUGUUAAAUAUCACAACCAACGCAACAGAUCAAAGUAUGAGCUUCGAAAACAAAGCAGCGGUAAACAUUUCCGCGUAACAAUUCAAUGCGAUUGUUUUUCCUGCUCAAAGACUUCAGGCACGUGACCGCAAAGAAGCCAAUGACAACGCGCGCUGUUACCAAAUGACCAUGAGAUUUUUUGCUUUCAACACAAAAUGUUGAAUCAAAAUAUCGCGUAAAAUCUUAAAAAUAAUCAGUUCGUUUUAAAGUGUUUGACAUUACAAAGAGACGUUAGUAUAAAACCAACCGAAAGCGGUGGCCUCUUGAUCAAACCAAUUGAUGAUGAAAAGAAAUUUUAAAAAGACGAACCAAUCUACCAACCACCACCCUUCUAACAGUCAGGCCAUACUUCUGAACGAACACAUAACUAUUCAAAAUUAGCCUGCGUAGCCGUCGCCCGUUUUUUAAGGGUGAAGGGAGAAAUUUCUUGGACCUGCGCUCACCAGGGAGAACAUAAAACCUAACCAAAAACAUUAACCAUCGCCUUCCACGUAGGCUAAUUGACCACUCCAGAAAUACCAUAUCAUACCAUAAUGCUCUUUGUUUAUCACCCCAAAAUUUUGCAUAAGCAUUGUUUUCAGUUUCUCUUGGGGCCAUUUUAACUCCCAAGAGAAACUGAAGACAAUGCUUAUGCAAAAUUUUGGGAUGACAAACAAAGAGCGUUAUGGUAUGUUAUGGUAUUUCCUGGAGUGGUCAAUUCAAGGUUGUCGAACGUGUCUGUUUUCCGGGACGUUGAAAUGGUACGAAAAAAUUUUUUCCUCGUAAUUAACAAUAUUUUUUGGUUGUUUCCUGUAUUUCGUUCGAAGGUACAGCGAUAUUUUUCGAAUUCAAGCACUACAAACCCAAAAAAGACAUCGUGAGUACGAGAUGUUUCGCAUUCAUGGAACAAGAUGAGUUCAAGCCAGGUCCCGCCUGCAUAGAACUGUAAGUAGGAAGGUUUUGCUUAUAAACGGCGAAGUUUUUGAUUUUUUGUGGGUCUACUGGUUCCGUGUAAUACGACUAGUCCCUCAUUAGGGCUCACGAAAUACGCGAGCGCGCGUGAGAUUCGCUGCCUGCGAUGACAGGCUAUACGCGGUGGAAGGAGAGAAAUGAGAGACCUUUGUUUUCUCCUAUUCCUCUGUCUCGCUAACAAGUGUCUCUCUUUCCUGUUUUUGCUGUGUCUCCUGUGUCUCGCGGCGAUUUUCACCCGCGCUUGCGUACUUUGUGCAUCCUAUUAUCCCUGAGAAAGUCUGUUCCAGAAGUUUAGAUUGUGCACAGUGGCGCGAAACCCCCCUCUCGCCGCCCCAUCUCUGCUAACUUCUCUUUGUGCACUGCACACUUUAUCAAUCCCUGGAAAAGGCUGUCUCCGAAGGUAGUCAAGGACCGCUCGUAUUUUACUGAAUCUGCUAGCUUUCAAUUAACAAAGCUAACCGGAUUAACCUGUUCUUUUAGGUAUCAGAAGCCAACAGACUUUCACCGCAAGAGGUUAAAUCUGUUGACGCAAAAACAGCUUUAUCUUCAUGUCACACUCAACAUUCUUGACGAUUAG